AUGAGGCCGGCGCUCGCCCUGUGCCUCCUCUGGCAGGCGCUCUGUCCUGGACCCGGCCGUGGCGAGCACCCCAUCGCUGAUCGCGCCAUCUGCUCGCCCUCGGGGGUCUGCUACAGCCUGCACCACGCUACAAUCCAACGACAGGCGGCCGAGGAGGCCUGCAGCCUGCGCGGCGGGGCGCUCACCACCGUGCACGGAGGCCCGGAGCUCCGGGCGGUGCUCGCGCUCUUGCGGGCCGGCCCGGGGCCUGGAGGGGGUUCCAAAGACCUUCUGUUCUGGGUCGCUCUGGAGCGCAAGAAGUCCUGCUGCACCCAGGAGAACGAGCCGCUGCGGGGCUUCUCCUGGCUGUGGCCCGACGGCUACGGGUCGGAGAGCGAGACGCUGCAGUGGGUCGAGGAGCCCCAACGCUCUUGCACUGUGCGGAGAUGCGCAGGCCUCCAGGCCACCGGGGGAGUGGACCCGGCAGGCUGGAAGGAGAUGCGAUGCCACCUGCGCGCCGACGGCUACUUGUGCAAAUACCGAUUUGAGGGCUUGUGUCCCGCGCCGCGCCCCGGGGCCGCCUCCAACUUGAGUUACCUUGCGCCCUUCCGGCUGCACAGCGCGGCGCUGGACUUCAGCCCUCCGGGGACAGAGGUGAGUGCUCUCUGCCCCGGGCAGCUCUGGGUCUCUGCCAGCUGCGUUGUAGACGAGGUCGGUACGCACUGGGACGGGCUACCCUCUGGAGGCCUGCUCUGUCCCUGCCCCGGAAGGUACCUCCGUGCUGGCAAAUGCGCUGAGCUCCCUAACUGCCUAGAGGACUUGGGAAACUUUACCUGUGAAUGUGCCCCGGGCUUCGAAUUGAGUAAGGACGGCAGAUCUUGCGUGACCAGUGGGGAAGGACAGCCGACCCCUGGGGAGACUAAGGAGGCCACUAGGCGCCCGCAGGUCACUGCGGCCACCCCCGUGCCAAGGAGAACAGGGUCACCUACGGGCCAUGAGAAACCAGGAGAGAUACCCUUUGUCUCUGGACGAGGCAGUUCAUCAACAUCUAUUCCCGAGAUUCCUCAGCCGGGAGCAUCGAGCACGAUGUCCACCCUUCACACGUCCCCUCAAGCCAAGUCAGAAGACACCAUCAGUCCUUCAGGAAGUGAAAUCCCCAAAUUUAACACCACGUUUUCCUCUGCCACUCCCCAGACUUUUGACUCCUCCUCCACCAUAGUCUUCAUACUUGUGAGCAUAGCGGUUGUGGUGUUGGUGAUCUUGAUCAUGACAGUGCUGGGGCUUUUCAAACUCUGCUUCCACAAGAGUCCUCCCUCCAGGCCCCGGAAAGGACCUUUGGCCACGCCGAGAGUGGAGAGUGAAGCUGAGGCUACGGCUUCGCACACCAAUUCUGCACAUUGCACAGACAAUGGGGUGAUGAUUAGGGACUGUGGUCUGCGGGACAGGGCAGAGGGUGCCUCGCUGGCGGGGUCCUCUCUUGGCUCUGGAGAGGCGUAAGGAAACAGGUGACAGUGGGCACUUCUUGUGAGCAGAGCUUUCCCCUUUCAGAGAAAAAGAAAAAAGAGGAACUUCUAUGUGGUACUGACGAUUCCUGAAGAAUUUCCUGUUACCUUAAAUUUCCCUCUACUCCACUGAGGAGCUAAAUCUGACCUGAACGCUUCUUCCUGGAAGGACUGGUCAGGGAUGGAAGUGCCUUAGGGAGGUACUGUGGGGGAGGGCUGCCCGGAGAGGUAUUUCUUGUUUAUUUUGGGGAGUUUGGAGAAGUAAUUGAACUUUUCAAGAGAGUGGAAACAAAUAAAAAGGUAAAUACAUUUUUUAAAAUGUUGUUUUUACCAAAAUGGAAAGCAGACUUCCUGUGGACAUUGUUCAGGCUGGGAAGAUAUUGGUUUGAAAUUUCCAGGCAAAAAAAUAAAGGAUUGUUGAUAACCAGGCUCAAAGGUCCUUGGUUUCCUCAAGAGGUAAUUAUCUAGGAAAAGCAGCUGACCGCAUGCUCAGAAUAACAAGAGUGCAUCCUGCUUUCAGGCUGAGAGAAAAAUCUUUAAGUCCUUGUAAUACAGAAGACAUCUUUAGAAACUAGUAACUUUUUCCUGGGCUCUUUUAUCCUUUGCUUUCAAAGUCACUGCUACUUGUGUGCACUGCUAUAAAUCCAAAGUCUUGCCAGAGUUGCUGGCUCUAGAAGAAAAUUAUAGUUGACCACCAAAUCAAGCGUUCACUGUGUGUCCUUGCCCAAGGAAACAAAUGAUUUGUGUUUUCCCCUUCCAGUGUCUGUGCUCUGCAGUAUAAUGACCUCUCCAACCAAAUAGCUCUCUCCUAAGCAUCAGGGUGCUGAUCAUCAUU